UGUAUUGAAUCUUCUUGUACUAAAAAGAAAAAAAUAGAGAGAGAAAACAUAACAUAGGUUAACAGAAAUAAUGAAGAAAUCAUCGGGAGGCGCGGCAGAGAAGAAACGCGUCCGACGCUCCUCCGCACCAGAUCCCUCCACCGACGUUCCUCCUAGGAAACAAGCUGUGAAGAAGGAUGUGUAUCAGGUGUUUGCUGAGAAAGUGAGAGACCAUAAGGAGUUGGUUUCGAGAUGGGCUGUUUUACAGGAGACACGUGUCGAGUAUUUUAGAGGGAAGGAUUUUGUGAGCUUCUUGAAAAAUCAUCCGGAGGUUAAAGACAUUCUGGAAUCAGACAGGAGUUUAGAAACAGAGGACAUUGCUAACAUUUUACUUGAGAAAAAUCUUUUAGUUCGCUGUGAUCGUGUGGUAAAAACUCUUCGUCCUGGGAAGAAAAAGCUGUCUACUUGGCCUGCUCAUUUAGAAAUUUUCCCUGAACAAGCAUUUUCCGAAAAUGAUGCUUUUUUUGCAUGGACAUUUGUAAAACGACAUCCACUUUGGCAGACACUCCUAUCUUUUUUCUGGCCUGUGUUAACAUUGGCUAUUUGCUUAUUUCCCGUGUACCCUCAUAGCUGCAAGCUCUUAAUACUUUACUCGUGCGCUGGGAUCCUUUUUCUCAUCCUCUCUCUUCUGUUGAUAAGAGGUACAAUAUUUGGCGUUCUAUAUAUUCUUGUUGGAAAGCGGAUCUGGUUUUUCCCUAACAUCCUUGCGGAGGAAGCAACACUGCGAGAGUUGUUCAGAUUUUGGCCAAAGAAAGAUGAAGAGGAAAGGCCGAAAUGGACAACAAGGAUUUUCUAUGCUGUGGUGGCUGUACUGUUCAUAUUACUUCUGAGGCAUCAUGCACCUGAUGAAGCUGCAAGAGCAAGGUAUCAGAAGAGAGUAUCUAACAUCAUUGAUGAUGUUCUUGAAUGGUCUCCUAGUUUAGCCUUGUCUGGGAUGAUGGACAAACAGAAUGUGACUAAUGCCACAGGGUCCACUGAUGCUGCCUCACAAGGCAGCACAACAGGACCGGAGCAUGAAGCUCCAACUGACAGUAAUGAUGAAAAAUCUUUCUCGGAACAAUAUAAUACUGAAGAAGUCAUUGAAAACAUAGAGGAUGUAGGUGAAGAUGAUAAACAGUAUGAUUAAUGGGUAAUCAUAUACCUAAAAUACAUCUAGUGACUAGAUCACAAUUUUCCUUUUUAUGUGAGUGUAAAAGUACAAUGUGUGAAAUAAUAACAGUAAAAGUGGUUCGCUUUCAAAUAGAUCCUUAUUAAGGAUAA